GUUCGCUCUUCAUUGUUAGUUGUGCUGCUAGAUCAAAGGUAGCAAUGGCCAUUGGUACAUACAUAGUUCUGGCCAUCUUUUUACUUGGUAGAGGACAUGCCAGAAACGCUUCCCCACAUAUAUCGCCAUUUGAAUCACAGCCUGGAAAUGUGCCAGAUAAUCUUGACGACAAUGAUUUUCGAAAUAACGGCCCAACUGCAGCUCCAAUAAAAAGCAACUACACAGAAGUGACUGGAUGGCCGUCUGAACAGAUUUCACUUGGUGAAAUUUCAGCCGUAUCUUUAGAUAAUUUUGGAAAUGUGGUCAUUUUUCAUCGAGGAAAUCGUACGUGGGAUUACUACUUUGACAGCAAUUAUCAAAGGAAGAAUGAAGGUCCAAUUACGCAAAACACCAUAAUCACGUAUGACCCUGAUUCAGGUCGCAUCAUUCACCGAUGGGGUGCAAAUUUAUUCUUCAUGCCUCACGGUUUGACAGUGGACGAAAAGGGUAAUAUUUUCGUGACUGACGUUGCGUUGAACCAGGUUUUCAAGUUCCCACCCAGGGGUCGCCAGGGAAGGCCGUCGAUGGUUCUGGGUGAAAGGUUUGUAGAAGGAAAUGACAAAAAGCAUUUUUGCAAACCGACUGCAGUGGCUGUGGCCAAGUCGGGCGACUUCUUUGUGGCCGAUGGCUAUUGCAACAAACGUGUCAUCAAGUUCAAUUCAAAGGGAGAAUUUAUUUUCCUGUUGGGCCAAAAUCCAAACAUGGUCGUCAAAAGUCCGGCUCCAACUGAUUUUAAUAUUCCACAUGCCUUGGCUCUGGCCGAGGACAAAAACCGUGUGUGCGUAGCUGACCGGGAAAAUGGAAGGAUCCAAUGCUUUACGAUCGAUAGUGGUAUCUUUGUAAGUCAAUUUGCCCCAAGUGAAUUUGGAAAACGAGUUUACAGCGUUGCCUACACUCCCUCUCAAAGCGGAAUGCUUUUUGCUGUCAACGGAAGAGACGAUAUUGUUCCUGUCCGCGGCUUUGCUAUUGGUUUCACCAAUCAACAAGUGACAGCAAACUUUGGAAAUUUAAAGCAACCACAUGAUGUUGCUGUGUCACUUGACGGUCGUGAUGUUUUCAUUGUUGAACUUGACCCGCAGAAAAUAACUAAAUUUGUCGACCGCAAACUUUAAAAAUAAAAUGAUAAUCUUCUUUUUAUGUAAAUGCGAUAUAUAUCUCAAAUAUUGCAAAUUUUCUGUAGUAAAAUUUCAAGCGUUUAAAAGUAAA